UAAAAGCAAGUUGCUCCUUGGCAUAGGCAUCAGUUUUCGGUCUUAGUAUCGACAGCAGUAAACCAAUUCAAGAUGAAACUCAUUGUCCUUUUAGGCUUUGUAGCCCUUUCAGUCGCCGCUCCACAACAACGGGGACUCGUUGGUAACAUGCUUCAGGACCAAGUUACCAAUGCUCAGUCUCAAUUGAGCAGCCUUCAGGACCAAGUCAGCUCCUUGACCCACAAAAUCGAAACUGAUGCUGCAAAUGUCAUCUCUGCUGCUGAAGCCAAGAUUGGUCCCCUCUUCUCUGAAGUGGAAAGUGAUAUCGAGUUAUUGAUCAAGAAGGGUGGUGUCGUUGCUGACUGUGCUGUAAAGAACCGUAAUGAUUUGGACGAAUUCAAGACCAUCCUUGGCAACGACCUUCCACACUGUGUAGCAGGAUUGGCCGAUACUAUUGCUGACCUUCUAGGAGGCAUUUCAGGAGACAUUAGUUCCUUGGGAUCUGCCAUUGCCAAUUUGGGUCUUAUUGUUUCACAAUGUACCUCAGGCGAUGAUAUUGGAGCUAGCAUUUGCGCUGCUACCCAAGUUGGACCUAUUGUUAAUAAUAUCCUCGCCAUCGUUGGUAAUGCCGUCGGUGCUAUUGGAAUUGCCAGUGGCAAGGUUCCCCCACUUAUCAGCGACAUCGAAUACUGUGCUAAGGGUGUCGUUGGAAACGCUGUCACUACCAUUGAAAAGUUUGGUGCAGCUGUUAAGCAAUGCGCUUAAGUACUUGAAUGUCGGUGUUGUUGAAAAUUCAAUAAAAGUGUUUUAAAUCAGAAAAAAAUA